AUGCAUGAAAUAAAUGUAAGCUUUGAUGCCGUUUCUGGUUUAAAGUCGAUUUGUAUAUAACUUUCAAGGAGCGAUCAGAAACGCCUUUAGUUCCCUGGUCGAAUAAAUCCAAAAUAACAUUCGGGAGUUUUUGACACUUUUGUAACUUAUUUUUGACCUGUAAAUUUCUUUAGCAUCUAAGAUGUUAUUAGUUUAGAUAGGCUCACUAGCACCAACAUGCAAUCUCUUGUUUUUAAUGCUGUUUUCAUUUUUCAAAAAUUGUUUAUGCCAAUAUGACUGAGCACUGUGAGAAGAAUAUUGGAAAGAAUGUACGAAUAUUCUCCUUUUUUUACUUUCGUCGACUUCGCCUACCGUUGUAAUUGUUAGUUAUCGUCAGAACUGGCACGCUGGAGGUUUGAUUUGCUUAUCGACCCAAGCAAAUGCAUUCACUCGAAGGCAGCUUACCGUUCAUCAGACUUCCUCGGUCAGACAAGAGGCGAUAGACGUAACUUCGUCUUUCAUGAACGAUGCAGUCUCAACACUCGGACAACGUGGACUGAUAUGGGAUUAACCUCUUUUCUGAAAAGUCUGACAACGUUGAGAGCUCUACAUUCGACGUUUGCGCAAAGGGACAGUCUAGCUGGAACAAAUUGCCAACUCGCUAACGAUUUCGAAAACUUUGCUUAUACCACGUCGGCAAACUAACCUCCGUACAGUCUCGGAGAGAGUUUACAGGAUCUCAGGAGGUGACUGAACCGCCCUCCGCUCUGAGAUGCUGACAGAUAACGCAGAUGAAAGAACUAGCCGGCUCAACGAGUCAUUUGAAUUUCUGUCCGGGUUUUACUCCUUGACCGGAGGACACAACACCAAGCUCCGCAAAACGCCUGUAAUUUAAUGAAACUAUCACGACGAGUAACAUACUACGUGGUCGCACAUUCGGAAAUGUCAGUUUCUUGUAUGAUUUCGCAUGAAGCACAGAGAUUUCUGUCCAACCAUGGUGACGUCUGUUGGCUUAACCUGUAAGCCGUCUUAUAGUUUUCCAGUGAAAAAUACAUUCCGAUGGACACGCUAGCGGACAACGCUGACACCUCAAAUUCACAAAAACCCAUAACUACAGGGAUUUUUGACUGCAAAAACAAACAUAUUUUGCCUAUUUGUUGGAUUUUAUAAACAAGGGCAGAUCCUGGGAUUUGUUAUUUAUAUCACUUCAAAUGGAGCUAUGUUUAAGUGUCCUCUGGUCGGCAAGGGUACAGUUUAUGGCCGGGGUUACUUAUCCCGAGAGCAUUUGUGUUGACUAAAAGGGUCAAACAUCUAAGAACUUUGUGGUAUCGCAUAUCGCGAUCCCCCAUAUUCUCAGUAAUUAGAAGGGAACGCUAUUUUUAUCACUGAAUGAUAAUGGAAAGUGAAUUUCAUGUCCUUUUGCAAGCAUUUUCAAAAAGGUAUCGCCUUGAGCGCCUUCGGACAGCAGUCAUCGCGAAGGCUUUUUAUGUCUUUCUCUGGCACAUACAAAUAAAUGUCGCCAGUUAGUUUUUUUAACAUAAAUGCUUCUAGGAGUUAAUACUCCCGGCCAAAACCAUACCCUUCCUGCUGGUUCUCAAGAAAUUUGACCGAGAAAAACUUGCAUUUCGUUUUUCCUCGCUAGUUGCAUUCUGUUCAGAUGUUAUCUCACAGGAAAGUCGCAGGUCCGCAUUAAUGGAAUUAUCUUACUUGUGAAGACGAGCUAGGCUUCGGUCCAUUGGAAGCAUGAACCUAGACGACAGUGUCCUUUCAGUCUUCAUUUUCCAGUUUUACCCUUUAGUACAGUGUCCUGCAGCAAGUUGAGAAAACGUGCAAGCAGUGUCAGGGACAGUUUAUCUUCCUCAUACUACAUAGUAUCAUACUGUGCUGAUGCAGAUAGCAACUAUGACUUAAGUGUAUGUUUUUUUUUAAAAUAAAGCAGCCGACUAUGAUCUACAAGAGAAGGGAUUCUAUUUCUCCGACCAUGCUACUGUGUCUGCUGCUUCUGACGAUGAUACCCUGUCUUGUGAGCACGCAGAAGACAUUUCCUCGAUUCAACUUCAUCGACACCUUUCAGGAGGACUCCAACGAGGGGGGAAGACGGUUCUCGCCAAAAAAGCUAUUUAAGGAUGUGAAGCAAUUUCGGAAGUAUUUAGAAAGACUUUCAGAAUGGGUGGCCAUCACUGGAAGACCGCGGUUAGUUUUUGGAAAUUUUCGUCCUCUCAUGUGAAAUGUGACUAGUCCUAAAAGUCUACAGUAGAUGGGAUUACUCAUGAAAUCUCGACAGAAAUUUCGAAAUGCCUUACUGUUUCGAAAAAAUUAAUUAAGUUUGGUUGUAAAACUAAUUAUUAUCCAGUAUAAUUGUGUACGGAUCCAGUUACCUCAGGGUGUCUUCUUUCGAACGAACUUAUCUCCUACUUUAUGCAAAAGCUGCACUCUGUAACAAAUGACUACUGAUGAAGCAUGCAAGUUUCUCAUUGAUUUUCGAUGCCCUUAAGAGUUCAAUUAUAUUUCAUGAAAAAAUGCAAAAAAUAUUCAUUCUUUUAUUUAUUCGAUAGCAAAUAAUGUCUUCUUUCACUUUUAUACUCCAAAAAAAGUAUAAUUUGGUUUCAAAAAGUUUCUAAUUGUGAGAGUGUUUAAUACCGUGAAAGGCCAUUCACAAAACGUCAUUUAUCUGCAUAUACCAAUGUGGCUUUUAAACCUAAAAUUAUUGCUCACAUCCACUGCUUAAUUGUAUAAACCGCACAUGGUCUCCUCUUAUUACCGGAGAUAGAUAUAUGGUUUCUGCACACGGAAAAUAUACGGCUUGUAGUUUGGAAACCUUGAAUGCAAGUAUAACAGCAGGUCGGGUUCAAAAUUAUUCGGGAAUUGGAAAAGUUUUUAAAACCGAAUAAUACCCUUUCUUCGAGUAUAAAAUUGGAAGAUGACGUGAUUUUCUAUCAAAUAUUUAAAAGAAUGAAUAUUUUUAUGCAUAUAUUCCAUGAAAUAUGAUUGAAUUUUCAAGGAGAUUUAAAAUCAAUGAGAAAAUUGCAUGCUAAUUAAGCAGUCAUUUUUUGCAGAGUAUAGUUCUAGCAUGCAGUCGGAAAUAAGUUCAUUUGAAACCCGGCACCCUGCGGUAACAGGAUCACUGUAGAAUUAUGCUGCAUGAUGAUGAGUUCUGCAACCAUACUUAUUCAAUCUUUUCGAAACGAGAAUGCAUUUGGGAAUUUCGGUUGACACUUCGUGAGUUAGCCCACCUACUGUAAAAAGCGCUCCGCUGAUGGACUCAUUCAUGUGACCUCUUGAGAGAACGCCAAAACAAAUGGACCGCAACCGAGGGGUACAGCACUCUGAGCUGGAAAUCCUCUAACCGUGGAAUGCACAGUUUUAACUCAUCAGCUGGAGUUACCUCUGAAACGAACAGUCUAAGAUGUUGUGAGAAGCAGCCCGCGUUUAGGCAACACAGGACAUAAGCUGCCUGUAGUAAAGACAUAAAAAUCUAAAGUGCUGGUCGUUCCGUAAGGUUUCACCGAAAAAGUGCAUGACAGACCCCAGAAAGGGAUUCCUGCGGCUCUCGGCAGCUAACACUGCCAUUUGGCAAUCCUUUAAGUUGGCUCAGCUCACUAUCCCAACGCCAACCUAAAUGUCUAAAACUGUCGGCAGAAAUUGAAAUUUCCUACCAAUAUGUCAGCUUUUUCAAAGAAUGAGACGUAUUUCUUGCGUGUUCGGGAUCAGACUGAGCAAGAGAGGGAGACAGUAAUAGGGAUCAUUACUUACCGCAUGCUUGGUUGUUGGAUUUUUAAAAGCUGUGUGACUGAGCAACACGUAGACUUCUUUUUGCGGCUGAAGUAGCGCAUGCGAGCUAGCGCCUCAGCAAAAAAGGAAAUGAAGUUUUCCCCAUCUGCAACCUGUUCAACUUGAAGUAUGAGCAUUCUACUUCGCCAUCUGGCUGAAAAACUAAACAAACUUGCGCUUAAGAAUUUUCUUUGAAGACCGCGUCGUCGAGCGUGGUAGUUUGGGGAAGAGCUUAAUGGUUUACACAAACAGCUUGAGAAUUUUUCCACAAAGAGGAUUGUUUCCGCACUAGAAGGAGAACCACAUUUAGUGGCGGUUUCGUUAGCUCAGGGAUUGCGGUGUAUGUAAAACCUGUCUUAGACAGCCUGCAUUUUUAAAAUAAACAAGGUAGCGAAAAUCAGAAUACACUUCGGUAGAAUAUAGUCAGGGAUUCUUUCUGAGUAUCUAGCAGUUGAGAGAAGUUUAAAUGAAAAGGACCGGUACGCAGAAAAUGAGAAUAAUGACAGUUUUAAAUGCACGAUUACGUGCCUUAAAUGUCAAUUCGGUAGAAAUCGAUACAGUCUUAGCGUCAUUUUUACAGUGCACUUGAAAGCCUGUCCGGAUAUCGGAGCUUUACUUUGCAAUGUAUUCACCCGACCUUUUGUGGAAGUAAAUAUAAGUUGACGGGUAAUUCCUAUUUCUCGGCUACCUAGUAGCUACUAGCUUUCAGCCGAUGUCCGUGCCGUCAGUAUGGCAGAACGUUUAGUACCUGCAUACUACUAACUGUCUGCCAAAAAAUGGGAAUAUGACGAGCUUAUUUUACAGUAGCUGGCGGAUUUCAACCCGAAUAUUUCUUUAGGCCUUUUUGGGCGGACACUAAAAGGCCUUGUUCCAAAGGAUGUACCCCAAGUUCGCGCACUAGAUCCCCUUGAAAUUAAACAAAAGAGCUUAUUGUACGUUUUACUUUGAUUUUCGCAAUAGUGUUGGCAGUCGGUGAAGUCAGCACGUCUACAAUGAUGUAUAGUAGGCUGGAAGGUGCUAUCAGAUUACACCCAAAUCUUAAACGUAUUCAAAGAACACAUUUGGUAUAAACCGAUUCUGCUUCUCCGACGUCUGACUCGUUUUUGAUCUGCAAAAAAUAUAAGAUCUUUUUAAUUCUCGUUUUUUCGCCUUUCUCACUCCAGGUUUGGAUGA